GUUGUGAUCUGUACAUAAUCACAAGUUCAUGUUGAUUCUUCAACUUCUGUCUGUUAUGUGCCACUGUUCAGUCUACUGCCUCGCAGCAUGCUGUUCCUAUGUCACAAUCAUUGCACAGUUUACUAAGUCAGCUGUUUUGUUUCUAUAUAUUUUUCUUCUGCAGGUUGUAGCGUACACCACAACAAAGCAAGAGGGGUAUUGUACAAUAUACGAUGAAUGUGGCUUAAAUCCUGAGGUUUCCAACAGCCUGAUCCCAGCUAUCAUUCCCUGUUUAGCCAACAGAAAAGCCAGUAAGCUUAAUGGAACUAAUCUACGGCUUCUCAAGGAGAUCUGUCCGAUGCUUUACACUGGAGAUGACAAUACUUAUGCCUGCUGCUCUAGCAAACAGCUACAGAGCAUCCAGAAGAGCUUUGCAUUAUCAAAAGUCAUUCUAAGUCGAUGCCCGUCUUGUGCAGAAAACUUUGCCAAUAUCUAUUGUCAGAACACUUGCAGCCCAAAUCAAAGUUUAUUCAUCAAUGUCACACGUGUAAAUGAUACCAUUGUAGAUGGGAAGCCUGAGCUAGGUGUGCUGGCCUACCAAUGCUACUUUAGGAGAAGUUUUGCAGAACAAUCUUUUGACUCCUGUAAAAAUGUACGAUUGCCCUCCACAGGGGGUUAUGCCAUUUCUGCCAUGUGUGGGAAAUAUGGAGCAGAAUUUUGCACUGCUCAACGUUGGUUAGACUUCCAAGGGGAUAUCAGCAAUGGACUGGCACCCUUACAAAUUGACUUCAGACUAAUAGAAAAUGACACUGAGGUUGGUGGUGGCGUGGAGCCCCAUGAGAGCAGAGUAUGGAGCUGCAGUGAAGGCCCUGGUAAUGAUCCAGAGAAUGCUUGCACUUGCCAGGACUGCAAAGAGGCAUGCCCUAAAAUCUCUGAACCGGAGCCUCUGCCUGAACCAUUUAAGAUAGGGUCUAUUGAUGGGUACUUAAUUAUAAGCAGUGUAAUUUUUAUAAUUUUGAUCCUAUUUUUUAUCAUGUUCCUGAUUAUGAACUGUUCUAUAAAUAGAUGUGGAAAAAAGAAAAGGAAAGAAAUACCACAUAUUAAAUAUUCUGAUUUGAACUGCUCAGAAAAGGUGAGCCUAAAGACUAACCACUCCAUGGAGAAAGCCUUCCAGUGGUGGGGCACCAUCAUAGCUUCUUACCCUAAGACUGUCAUCGGUGUCUCUGUCAUUCUAGUUGGGGUACUCUCAGCAGGUAUGGCCUUAAUCAAGCUGACUACUGAUCCAGUGGAGCUGUGGUCUUCUCCAAAUAGCAGGGCAAGACAAGAGAAAGACUUUCAUGAUAAACAUUUUGGACCAUUCUUUAGAACUAACCAGAUAAUCAUCACAGUGAACGACCGUUCUUUAUACGUCUAUGACUCUCUCUUUUUUGGCGCACUGAACUUUAGCAGAAUCCUUUCUCCAGAUAUCCUUCUAGAAAUGAUGGACCUUCAGACCAAGCUGCAGAACAUUGCGGUGUGGUCAGAAAAGCAUCAGAAAAAUGUGACACUGAAAGAUGUUUGUUUUGCACCCCUAAACCCCUCCAACCCCUCAGAGACGGACUGCUGUGUGAACAGUCUGAUGCAGUACUUUCAGAACAACAGGACUCGGUUUAACUUGGAAGUGACGCAGACAUUAUCUGGAGAAACCAAAAAAGUGGGAUGGAGGGACCACUUUAUGUACUGCGUCAAUUCCCCGCUGUCUUUUAAGGAUGUUACAGAUUUAGAGCUGAGUUGUAUGGCGGAUUAUGGUGCCCCUGUCUUCCCGUUCCUCGCUGUGGGUGGUUAUGAAGACACUCAAUACUCAGAAUCACAAGGUCUGAUUCUAACCAUCUCACUAAACAAUUAUGCCCGAUCCGACCCUCGGUUUGACUAUGUGUUGCUUUGGGAGAAGGAGUUCCUGAACAUCUUGAAAGAGUAUCAGAAGGACCCUAAGAGCAACUUGACUAUAGCUUUUAUGGCAGAGCGAUCACUAGAGGAUGAGAUCAGCCGAACCACCACAGAAGAUAUUCCUAUAUUUGCCAUCAGCUAUCUGGUGAUCUUCAUAUAUAUAACACUGGCCUUGGGGGAGUACAGUAGCUGCCGGAGAGUGCUGGUGGACUCUAAAGUGACUCUGGGCCUUGGAGGAAUCCUGGUUGUCCUUGGAGCUGUAUUUUCAUCAAUGGGUUUUUAUUGCUACUUGGGUAUACCAUCUUCGCUGAUCAUUGUUGAGGUUGUGCCCUUCCUGGUUCUAGCAGUUGGAGCAGACAACAUCUUCAUUUUUGUUCUGGAGCUACAGCGUGAUGAGAGGAAGGAGGGAGAACGCCGGGAGGAGCAGAUUGGGAGGGUCCUCGGCAAUGUGGCCCCCAGCAUGUUGCUUUGCAGUCUGUCUGAGGCCUUGUGUUUUUUCCUAGGUGCGCUCACACAGAUGCCUGCUGUUCGUACAUUUGCACUGAAUGCGGCCCUGGCUAUCCUUCUGGAUUUCCUGCUUCAGAUCUCCAUGUUUGUAGCUCUUGUGUCUAUGGACAUGAAGCGACAGGAGAGCUCAAGAUUUGACAUAUGUUGUUGUAUCAAGAGCAAGAGUGAGAAGCCAACCAAGAAAUCGGAAGGGUGGUUGGUGUGGUUCAUGGAGAAGGUGUAUUGCCCCAUCUUACUGAACCCCUUCAGCCGAGUUGUUGUGAUGGUGGCGUUCAUCUUCCUGUUCUGCUGUGGGACCUACUUUAUGAUGUACUCUCGUGUGGGUCUAAAUCAGGAGCUGUCUGUACCUCUGGAUUCCUAUAUGAUAGAUUAUUUCGAAGCUCUCAAUGAGUAUUUUGAAGUUGGCGUGCCCACCUACUUUGUCACAACUCCUGGUUACAACUUCUCCAACGUAGAUGGAAUGAAUGGCAUUUGUUCCAGUGCAGGCUGUGAUAAUAAUUCGAUGACGCAGAAGAUACAGUAUGCCACUGACUAUCCUACAAGAUCUUAUUUAGCUAUUCCAGCAUCCUCCUGGGUCGAUGACUUUGUGGACUGGCUGAACCCCUCAUCAGACUGCUGUAGAUUGUUACUAAAUGGAACUUUCUGCUCUUCCACUAGCCCAUUACCUGGGUGUAUAAGGAGGUGUAUGCGAAGUACUAAUGGAACAUUAAGACCAACACUAGAAGAGUUUAACCAUUACUUGCCCAUUUUCCUGCAAGAUUAUCCAAAUCUAAAAUGUCCAAAAGGGGGCCUGGGUUCCUAUGACAAUGCUGUCAAGUUCAACGACCAGGGAGAGAUUAUAGCCAGUCGUUUUAUGGCAUAUCACACCCCUCUAAAGAACUCUCAGGAGUAUACAGGGGGUUUGUUGUAUGCUAGAGAGCUAGCAGCGGACAUCACCAAGUCACUAAGAAACGUGAAUGGUACGCACCCCGAUUUUCAAGUCUUCCCAUACACGAUUACAUAUGUUUUCUAUGAGCAAUACUUGACCAUUGUUCAGGAAGGUCUCUUCACACUGGCCCUCUGCCUGUUGCCAACCUUCGCUGUGUGCUGUAUUCUUCUAGGAAUGGACUUGCGCUCGGGUCUCAUUAACUUACUUACCAUUUUUAUGAUCAUCAUAGACACAGUUGGUGUCAUGACACUGUGGGGCAUUGACUACAAUGCUAUCUCACUUAUCAACCUGGUGACGGCCAUUGGGAUUUCAGUGGAAUUUGUCUCCCACCUUACUCGAUCUUUUGCCUUAAGCAGUAAGCUCACUAAAGUGGAACGAGCAAAAGACGCCACUAUCUACAUGGGUAGCGCGGUGCUUGCGGGAGUAGCUAUGACCAAUCUCCCAGGGAUUAUUGUGCUUGCCUUCGCCAAAGCUCAGCUCAUCCAGAUCUUCUUCUUCCGUCUUAAUCUGACAAUCACCCUGUUGGGACUUGUACACGGCCUCAUAUUCCUGCCUGUUGCACUCAGCUACUUUGGUCCUAAUGUCAGCCGAGCGGUGUUACUACUAGAGCAGCAGAAAAAAGAGCAAGAGAAAAGGCUGGAAAAUGGUGUAAACGUAUAUACUAACCCUGACUUCCAGGGAGAUUUGAAGAACGCAAAUGUAUAUACUAACCCUGACUUCCAGGGAGAUGAGAAGAACACAAUUGUAUAUACUAACCCUGACUUCCAUGGAGAUGAGAAGAACACAAUUGUAUAUACUAACCCUGACUUCCAUGGAGAUGAGAAGAACACAAACAACUAUAGCAACUUUAACUCACAGGAAGAUGAGAAGAACAAAAAGGCGUAGGUUUAAUCUAAGAAACAGAACAAAUCUCGAGACUGUAUUUGCUCUACUGCAAGGGCUUCUCGAUUACCUCAAGAACUAAUUUAAUCGGCCACUGCUAAGGACCACUGACCAGCACACAGCUGCAAUAAAAGUCAAACCGAUAACAGCAAAUCUGCAGAGAUCAUACCAGAUAUCAAGAGAUGGCUCUUUUCCAACAAUUUUACUGCUCAUUUGCACAUUGCCUACUGAUUUACAGCUGUAUAUAAGUAUAUAUUACAUUUUUUCUGUUAAUAUUAGAAAGACAACAUUGUACAAUAAAACAGUAUUUUUGCA